CUGGCACCAAGCAAUCGCUUCCUCGGAAGCGGCGGCAAGGAUGACCGACCGGACUAAAUUCGCCGCACUGGACGCAGAGGUGGACUUGAUCAUGAACGCGCCAGAACCGGACUCGAAGAAGCCGAAGAAACAGUUUGGUCUUGCGAAUAGGAACCAGCAGCUGCGUGAUUCCACGUAUCGACGGGACACGGGGUUUGGGAGGCCGUCCCAGGCAUCGUCGAUUCCAAACCCCAUGCGGAAAAAACCUCGUGCUUCGUGGGCCGGUACCGACCACGGUCCCAGCUUUGAAGUGUCGAGAGUCUCCUCGCAGCGCGACUCGAGCCCGUUCUACUCGGUAACGAAUCCGAUUGUCAGGCAAGGUUCCAACACGUCGUCAUUGCGUCCAACGGUUCCAUCGACCAGAGUCAUUCCAGGGAAAGCGCUGAUCGCAGGAGAAGCAAAGAAGCAUUCGAAUCCACCUGUGUCGGUUGCUGCGCCGGUCGCCGCCAAUCCCAUAUACGGCCGAAAAGUCACGAACCUCAUGACCUUCAGCCGAGAGACUCAGCCUGGUGUCCGAGGAGUUCAAAUGAACACGUUGGAGGCAUGCAGCAAGGGCAAGUAUUGGCCUCCGAAAGGCACAGUGCUCUCGCCGCCAGGAACCAAACACAAGAACUCUCGAGCUAGUAUUGCAUCCACAACGCCUUCGAAGGCCGCUCCCAGCGCCUCCAGGCGACGAUUAAGCCAAGCCCAUGACGCAGACGACGAUGAAGUCGUAGAGACAAGGCAUCACCGAUCCAAACGGACAGAGACGGAAGGACCUGUGCGUACAGUCAGGCCACCCCACGCGACCGACUCGGACGGAUCCAAGCAAGCGUCCUCGAGUGCAUCUCGCUUGGCUCGAGUGGACGACAACAGCUUCUUCUUGGAAGACAAGCCAUUUCAACACACGAUGCCUUCGUCGCUGUACGACGACGAGGACGUGCCGCGCAGGGAACCCAUGACGUCGUGGGCGAAGCGGAGGUCGGGCGGAACAGCCGAGGCGCCGAUCCACUUGUCCGAUUCGGAUGAAGAACAACUGACGGAACCAUCCAAGCGGCCUACGACGACUGCUUCCACCACCGUGGCUCCUACCGCUUCGAACGUUGGGGUGUUUGAAUUGGACUGCCGCUGCAUUUCUUCGACCGGCGUGAGUUGGCGAGAUGUCAAGAUGAGCAUCACCAAGCUGUCGUUGCAGUGGGCGACGUACGCGGUGUUUUUCGACUACAUUGACCAAGUGCUGUGGGCGAAAAAAGCGCCGUCGCCAUUCGUGGUUGUGGUGUUCAAGCAGUCGUACUCGCCGUUGCGGUUCAUCGUUGUGCAGCCGACCGACACGGCGCAGUGCACGGCGCUCAUGCACCUCGUGGACGAACAUGGCCAUCCGUUGUGGCAAUGGCGCGAUCUGAGUCCGGACGACGAGUUUGGCGAAUCACGUGAAUAUGUCAGGUACAAGUCGCUGUUGCCGGCGGUGGACGCGGGGGACGUGGCACGGCUUCGGAAAGCGACAAAGCGGGCAGUGGAAGGAUCGCCGAUCGUACUGACUUACCCCUUGCCACCGAACGCGACGGACGUGAUCUCGAUUACCCGAGCAGAUCUCGACCGCCUGCAACCGAUGGAGUACCUCAACGACAACCUCGUCGACUACUACUUCAAAUGGCUCGUGAUGGCCGACAUGCCAUCGGCCGCCGCAUUCUGCACCAUCGUCAGCUCCCAUUUCUACACUCAAUUGCGGGAAAAUUACGCAAAUGUCGCCACGUGGUUCACCAACCUUCUCGACAACGACUUGAUCUUUAUUCCGAUCAACCUCCAGUGCGUUGACACCGCCGUUGGCCGUGGAGGUUGACGCUGCCGUAGGCUGCACUGGAGUCUGGCCGUCGUUAUGUACCCGAAGCACUUCACAGAAGCCACCGACUCGGUUGGCGACGCUUGCGUUGCUUUGUGUGUGUUAAGGCUGUUGUGUCAUGGCGUAGGGCAAGCCGCCAACGGUCAUCGUCACGAUCGACUCGAUGGGUACCUACCAUCGAAAGCCCAAGAUCGUCCAGAACUUGAAGAAAUUCCUCCGACUGCACAGCGGCAUGGACGAGUCGUCGAACAUGGUGGACCGCAUUCACACAACCAAGCUCCAUGGGCCGCAGCAGGAAAAUGGAUACGACUGCGGCGUGUAUAUGCUGCUGGCUACCCAACACAUCCUGCGAACGUUUGAAAGCCUCCGCAACCACGGCGACGUCUACCCUGACGUUGACAAACUCCUGUCGUCGGACGCCUUUGGGCAAAGCGAAGUCGACCAGACACGGCAAGCCAUGCUGACGAAUUUGGAGGCGCAUGCAGCCGCGUACGCCAUGCAAACCAGCGCACAGGGCCCCCCCACGUAAACUUAUUUAUCCAUGGACCACCCGCGAGAGAAUAACUCAACCAGACCUUGGUCGCAUGUUGUCGCAUGAAUGGAGACACUUGAUUGGUCAAAACUAAUUUUAAUCAUGAUAUGGAC